AUGCACUUCUCUCGUCUUUUAACCAUAGGGAUUCUUCCCCAGUUGUCUUAUGCUCUUCAUAUUCCUGUGCGUCGAGGCGUGAAUUGUGGAUUCUCUACCUCGGCCAACAGUGGCGCCACGUGCGAGAGCCUCGCCAGUUCUUGGGGUCUAGAUCUGGACACACUGAAGGCUUUGAAUCCUGGUAUCAGAUGCCCCAAUAUCGACACGAACGGUUUCUACUGUGUAGUUGGAACUGUUACGGACGAUGACCCUUCACCAGCCCGCCCUUCAAGCACAGCGCCUGUAUCCACCAAGGCGCAGCCUUCCAGCACAAAUACCGCGGUCAAGCCCACUACCCUGACCAAGGCCACUACCACGGCAAAGCCCUCUCCUACCAAACCCUCUGGCAAUGGUGUUGAAACACCCUCCCCCAUCCAGGAUGGCAUGGUCGGCAACUGUAACAAAUUUCACCCCGUUCGUUCUACAACUACCUGCAAAGGGAUUCUGGACUAUAACAAGAUUUCUUUAAAGGACUUUGUUAAGUGGAAUCCCGAUGUCAAGGAGGAUUGUAGCAACCUCUGGCAAGGAACUCAUGCUUGCGUCGGAGUCAUCGGCAGUUCACCUUCCCCUACAGCGACUGUCAAACCGUCUCCAACUAAGGCCGGUAACGGAAUCUCGACACCGUCUCCUAUCCAGGACAACAUGGUUUCCAACUGCAACAAGUUCCACCCUGUUAAGUCUACAACGACCUGCCAGGGAAUCUUAGAAUAUAACAAAAUCUCUCUUGCUGAUUUUGUCAAGUGGAAUCCUGAUGUCGGCGAGGAUUGCAGCAACUUAUGGCAAGGUACAAACGCUUGCGUUGGGGUGAUAGGUUUCAACCCCACACCUACUCAGGCAGCUGGCAACGGUGUAAAAACGCCUUCACCCAUACAAACAGGGAUGGUCAAGAACUGCGUCAAAUUCCACCACAUCAGGCCCACUACCACAUGUCGAGGUGUUUUAGACUAUAACAAGAUCACAAUGGAGCAAUUUUUCAAGUGGAAUGCCGCGGUUAAGAGCGAUUGCAGUGGUUUGUGGAAGGAUACGCAUGCUUGUGUUGGUAUUGCCUAG